AUGAACAGAGUCAUUCUUAGUGCUCUUGUACUUCCUGGUGCCCUCGCCUGGGAUAGAGACGGUCACGCUGCUAUAGUCGAUGCAGCUAAGGACUACUUCAAUAGUAAUGCCAACAAGACUGUUAUUGAGCUCAUGGGAAAAGAUGUGAGGAUUGCUGACUACUCGAGUCUCCCUGAUAGUGUUCUCCAUGGUCCCCACGCAGCCGAGUGGGAAUGGUCUGCUGGUCUACAUUACGCUGAUACUGAUGACAAGUGCAACUUCGUCUAUUCCCGUGACUGCAAGGAUGACUACUGCGUUGUUGGUGCUAUCAAAAACUUCACCCGUCAAGUUGCGAAUAUCAGCCUUCCUCAAGAGCAACGUCAAGAAGCCUUCAUUUUCCUCAUGCAUUUCAUGGGCGACAUUCACCAGCCGCUACAUCUUGGCAGAGCUGAAGAUGUUGGUGGUAACUUGAUACAUGUGAAUAUGAAGUUUGCCGACUUCGAGAACGGUAAUUUGCACUCCGUAUGGGAUUCAAAGAUGAUCGACCAACUCGAGGGUAGUGAGUUCGGCCCGGGCUACAUCCAACAGAACUUCAACUACAGCACUCCACCGGCCGACAGAGACAUGUUCUGGACCCUCACUGAAGCCGAUGUCCGAGCGGAACUUGUUGAGGGCGGUGCUUUCCACGACAAGAUUCCUGGGUGGCUCGAGGACUGCGAGAAGAACGGUCUUGAUGUAUGUGUCAAUGAUAUGGCUGUUGAGACUGCUGCUGUUGCCUGUUCUGUGGCUUACAGGCAUACGAAUGGUGAUGAGAUCGAGGAUGGAGAUGUUUUGCCCAUGGAAUACUAUAACGAACGUAUUGAGAUUGUUAAGGAACAACUUGCUAAAGCAAUUGUUCGCUUCGCUUGGGUGAUGAACAACGCCUUUCCCGAGGAUACUCCUGUUACCACCACGUCUACUCCUACUGAUUGUACUGAGGCUGAUAAGAAGUGCGAGCUCAGUUAUCCCGGCUCAUACUGCAAGUAUUGGCAGACUAUUCCUGUUUGUUUCGGCAGCAAUGUUCCGUGCUCGUGCUAGGUGAUUUAUGUGGAUUCGCAGUCGGCGACUGCCAGUCGCGAAGACGUGUUUAUCGUUGUGUUCUAUAUUUGUGUCUUAUACGUACUGUUUGUUUCGAAUGUA